AUGGCUGUCGUCAACCUGGACUUUGACGCACGUAUACCGAUCCCCUUCAGCAUCUUCCCGUCGUCGUAUAGAAGCGACGUCGCUGCCCAACCCAUUCAUACCACCGAGACUCACGUCGAAGGUGAAAUCACUCUACACCAUCAUCACGAGCGCGUCGGACGGGAAGGUCAAGAAGAGGACGCUCAAUCUCUUUACUCUCAACACCAACAUCAGCUGCAACACGACCAUCAACACGAACACGAACCCGAACACCAACAUCAACAUCACCUUCCUCCCCCUCCUCAACGACAGGAGUUUAUAGAAGAAGAGGUUCGCAUCACCCGUGAAGAAGAUCGCCGUUCUGAAUACCGUCCGAGCAGCCGCAGAGAAGAAGAAGUUUACAUUCGUGAAGAACGCAGACCCGAACACAAACACAAACACCACUCUGCUUCCUUCGAUAUCAACACCCCACAUCACCACAGACACUUCGAAGCUUCUUUUGAAAGAGACAGUGAUCGUCACCACAAACACUCUGAAGUUAAUAUCGAACUUCCCCGUCGUGAACAUCAUCAUCACCACCAUCAUCAACGUCGUCAAUCUUCUGAAGUAGACUUUCAACUUGAACGUCAACGUCAAUCUCGUCACUACGAACCAUCCGAAGUUGAUACUCAGUUCUCUGCUCCUCAAAAGAGUCCCACCGAGACCAACAUCGACUUCGUUGAACGUCAAUACCGUUCCCGAACCCAACCAAGUUACAAGGAAGACACUGUCAUCGUCGACCCUCCCAAAUCCCGUGUAUCUGAACCAAGAUACAUUGAAGAGACUCGUGUAACUGAGACUACUAUCGUCCCAGCACCCCGUUCCACUCACUCUCACAAACCCAAGUCAACCUUCCACGAAGAACAGUUCGAGGAAGAAGUUCGCGUCAAGCAACCUCGCACACCAGCCAGAUCUACUUUCACCGAAGAAGUUCGUGAAAGAGAACUCGUCAAGUACACUCCCCCCGCACCCAAAUCAACCACUUCAACUUUCAAACCAGUCAAUCUCGAAAUGGGUUACUACGAUGAUGAAGGGAACUAUCACUCCCUUCGUGGAGGUUACUACCAUGGACACGGGAAAACUUUGAACCAGGACCCAAUUGACUCUCUCGAUUUAGCCGGAGCCCCAGCCGUUGCUGCUCCAAAGCAACCUGCCAACACCGUUACCAUCCCUUGCCACCACAUCCGUAUGGGUGACCUCUUGAUGCUCCAAGGACGUCCCUGCCAGGUUAUCCGUAUCACCACCUCCGCUGCCACUGGCCAACACCGUUACUUGGGUGUUGACCUCUUCACCAGACAAUUGAAUGAAGAGUCCUCUUUCAUCGCCAACCCAAGCCCAAGUGUCGUCGUCCAAACGAUGUUGGGACCAGUCUUCAAGCAAUACCGUGUUCUUGAUCUCCAGGACCACUCUGUUGUUGCCAUGACCGAGACCGGCGAUGUCAAGCAAGCCAUUCCCGUUUUGGACCAAUCCAACCUCUGGACUCGUCUUAAGGAGGCCUUCGAAGGUGGACGUGGUAGCAUCCGCAUCAUGGUCGUUGCCGAUGGUGGUCGUGAGAUCGCUGUUGACAUGAAGACUGUCCACGGAUCCCGUCUGUAGAUUUCCUGUACCAAUCACCAUGGCGUCCAACCGGCAAUAAUCCAUUGGCCUUUCCUCGAUGGAGUUUCCUUUUUGUUUUCAUGAUUUUUUAGUGCAUUUUCGGAGGGAAAAUUUGAAACGUAUGAUGGGGUAGAUAUGGAUUCAGAUUGAUUAAUGAGGGAUGAAAUUUGGACGAUCUGGUUUUUUAUCUGAUCUAUCGGAUUCUUUUAGUUUAACGAAGUAUUCAAGUAGGUCCUCGAUGCCAUCUAUGGUGAUACUACUUUGGUGGUUUUGACAUGGUGGUAGAGAGAGUCCUUGAUGCUGCGGUCUUUUUCUACUUUGUAAUUGUGUAAAUAGGAAAAGAUCCAGAAUGAAAACACGCUGCUUGUCUAUUA